AUGGCGGAUCACUCUCCUCAGUCCUCUAGUGAAGUUCAUGGGGAUGAAGAGAAUGACAGCCCAAUCGAGGAAGUGAGGCUGACGGUGCCUACGACUGACGACCCCACCCAGCCCGUCCUGACUUUCAGGACAUUGAUCCUCGGUCUCACCUCAUGCAUAGUCCUGGCCUUCGUGAACCAGUUCUUCAUCUACCGUCAGAACCCACUCUACAUCUCCCCGGUCUCGUUCCAAAUUGUGGCCCUACCUUUGGGGAUGCUCAUGGCAAUGACCCUUCCCUCAAAGCCCAUCAAGGUCCCGCUCACGGAUUGGUCCUUCUCGAUGAACCCCGGUCCAUUCAACCUCAAGGAGCACGUGCUCAUAAGUAUGUUUGCAGCCUCCGGAGCCAACAAUGUCGGCGCUGUCCACAUCAUCACUUCCGCCUUGGCUUACUACCAUUGGACCAUCCACCCCUUGGCAGCCUUCUUGCUGGCUCAGACAACUCAGCUGCUGGGAUACGGAUGGGCUGGUCUGUUUAGGAAGUACCUGGUGGACUCCCCAUACAUGUGGUGGCCUUCAAGCCUUGCUCAAGUCUCUUUCUUCAGGGCAUUGCACGAAAAGGAAAAGAGACACAGGCGAGGCCUCACAAGGCUGCAGUUCUUCCUCAUGGCAUUUGUCUCUAGCUUCGUUUACUACAUCGUCCCGGGAUACCUGUUCCCAUCAGUAUCGACCGUCUCCUUGUUGUGCCUCAUAUGGAAGGACUCGAUCACACUCCAACAGAUUGGGUCAGGCCUACACGGGCUUGGUUUAGGCUCCUUGGCAUUUGACUGGGCCACGAUCUCCAUGAUGGGGAGCCCACUGACUUCUCCGGCCUUUGCCAUCUUCAAUGUGCUCGUCGGGUUCUUCCUUGUGGUUUAUGUUGCCGUCCCGCUUCUGUAUUAUAACAACGUGUAUGAUGCUAGGAGGUUCCCGAUGAUUUCCGCCCACGCGUUUGACUCUGAAGGGCAGACCUACAACAUUUCUCGAAUCCUCAAUCGCGAGAACUUUGAAAUCAAUUGGGCUGCAUAUGAUGGCUACAGCAAGUUGUAUCUUAGUGUCACUUUUGCGUUCAACAGCAUUGGACUUGGCUUCGCCGCAUUGACUGCAACUCUUUCCCACGUUGCCCUCUUCCAUGGACAGAGCAUUUGGAAAAUGUGGAAAAGCACGGGUGAGACAUUGAAAAACCAGCUCGGGGACGUGCACACGAGGCUGAUGAAGAAGAACUACGAUGAGGUCCCGCAAUGGUGGUUCCUCAUUAUCUUGGUUUCAAUGGUGGCCCUCUCUCUUUUGGCCUGUGAAGGUUUUGACAAGCAGCUCCAGCUCCCAUGGUGGGGAGUCUUCCUUGCUUGCGGGGUCGCUUUGGUCUUCACGUUGCCUAUUGGAAUAAUCGUAGCAACAACCGGCUCGGCACCGGGGCUGAAUAUUAUUACGCAGUUGGUGAUAGGUUACCUCUAUCCCGGGAAACCUAUUGCAAACGUCACUUUCAGGAAUUACGGGUUUGUCAGCACGCUCCAAGCACUGUGGAUUACCGGUGACUUCAAGCUGGGCCAUUACAUGAAGAUCCCUCCUAAAUCGAUGUUCAUCGCCCAAUUGGUUGGAACAAUGGUCGCCUCAACCAUAUAUUUCAGCAUCGCAUGGUGGCUCCUAACCACAGUCGAGCACAUCUGUGACCCGUCGCUAUUGCCCUCUGGGAGUCCAUGGACCUGUCCCAUGGACGAUGUGUUCUUUAACGAGUCCAUUAUAUGGGGUGUUGUGGGUCCAUUGCGCAUGUUUACCAAGCUUGGAAACUACCCUGAGAUGAACUGGUUCUUCCUGAUCGGGCUCCUUGCCCCAGUGCCUGUUUGGGCCCUCACCAAGACAUUCCCGGAAAAGAAGUGGUUCGCCUACAUCAACAUGCCCGUCAUCCUUGCAGCUGCCGAAGCACUACCACCAGUAAGAUCAGUGAAUUACAUCAGUUGGGGAGCGGUAGGGCUCUUCUUCAAUUUUUAUGUCUAUAAGAAACAUAAAGGAUGGUGGGCAAGGUACAACUAUGUUCUAUCGGCCGGUUUAGAUGCUGGGAUGGCCCUCCUCGCUGUGUUACUUUACGUCACCAUCCAAUACAAGGGCACCUUCGGCCCUGAGUGGUGGGGCCUUGAGGCCGAUGACCAUUGUCCGUUGGCCUCAUGUCCCACUGCUCUAGGGGCCAAGGUCGAAGGGUGUCCUGUACUAUGA